AUGAACAUCCCGUCUCAUCCAAAGAUUGGAACAAAACCAGUCAAGUCUUUUGCAGAACUGACCGCAACAAUAUAUCCACCCGACCCGGAGUAUGAUAUUGCGGAAAAGCCUUGGCUUCCUGGGCCCCAGAAGCCGUAUCUUCUUUACAAUGCAAAGCUCGUCGAUCCUAGAGCGGGAACUGUCCACAAGGGGAUGAGUCUGCAUCUGGCAGGCGGCAAGGUGGUGAAGGUUGCACCCACGACUUCUCAUGAUUUGACCGCCGAGUUCCGUUAUGGAGAGCAGCAAGUGGAAAAGAUGGACGCAAGUUCAUACUUUUUGUGUCCAGGAUUGAUUGAUUGUCAUGUUCACUUGAUGGCAGUUCACGGCAGCGCGACACUUCACGGGGCUUUCACAUUUCCGCACGAGACUGCUGUUCUCAGGACCGCAGGUACUCUGCGAGGUAUUCUUUCUAAUGGAUUCACUUCUGUCCGGGAUACAGGCGGUGCAACAAUCGCGCAUGCUCAAGCCACCGAGGAAUUCCUGAUACCCGGACCUCGUGUUUUCCAGGGUGGGAGGAUGCUGUCCCAGACUGGCGGCCACGGCGAUGACACCGAGGUUUGGAGUGAUAACCACUGUUGCCGGAGUAAUGGUAUCGCGAAUUCUGCCCUUGGGAGACUCUGCGACGGGGUUCCCGAAUGCCUCCAAGCCGCGCGGGACAAUAUGCGUAAAGGAGCACAGCAUCUCAAAGUGUGCACCUCCGGAGGUAUCGCAUCAGCCACGGACAAACUCGAGUCUCUCCAAUUCACCGUGGAGGAGCUGCAGGCAAUUACCACAGUCAAUAAGAACAUGGGAGGCACCCUUGUCACAGCCCAUUGCUACACGGCUGAAGGCGUAAGACACGCCAUUGCCGGUGGCGUGCGAGGAAUCGAGCACGGCAACAUGAUUGACCCCGAGACUGCACAGCUGAUGGCCGAGAAAGGAGUUUUCCUAACACCUACCUUGGCACUUCAUACUUUCGUUACAAUGCCGCCUUAUGACAAGUUUGAAACUCCGGAUGGCCUUCGUAAAAACGCCAUUGUGGGCGAUGCUGGUAUUCGUGGGAUCGGAUACGCAGAGGAUGCAGGCGUCAUCGUCUGCUAUGGAACCGACACCACGGGGCCUACAUUGGUUAUGCAGACUUAUGAAUUUGUCGUGCGGUCCAAGAUCUUACCGAGCCCUGUGGUACUACGUCAAGCUACUAUCAAUGGAGCUAAACAGGUUGGUAUGGAAGGAAAACUGGGCGAGCUCGUCGAGGGCUCCUUUGCAGAUCUGCUUUUCUUGAAGGAGAACCCGCUCGAGGAUGUCACGAGUCUGGACAGGAUUAAAGAGAACUUGAUGCUAGUGAUGAAAGAUGGGAGGAUCGUUAAGAGCCAGAUCCCAGGUAUACUACCGGAACGGAAUUGCGAAUGGAACUAG